AUGCAGCAGAGGAAAGCAGGGAGGCCAUCUGGAACUGAUGGUUCUGAUUUCUCUUACCGCAUGGUGGUUGAUUCACGUUAUACAAAGGUUGCUAAAGGGAAGUCUCGACUCAAAGCACUAUUCUUUAUUCAGGCUAUUUUUCAAUUGAUAGGACUAUUUUUUGUGGUUUUACCAAUAUCAAAAGGGAAUGAUCCAAACACACUUGGUGUUUCAUCUUCUGCAUUUGGGUUGAUUUCUCUUCUAAUCGGAGAAUUAGGUCGAAGGCGCAGCCGAGCAAGUUUCUUGAGAGUUUACCUGAUCACGUCAACUGUUGCAAUACUUCUAUACAUAUUUUCUGCCGUUAAUGGCAGUUCACUGUUAGAGGCUAUUCAGAAUCCACUUGACUGGGAAACAAAAAAGUUUGUACUUAUUGAAUUUUUUGUUCUUGCACUUGGAUUGCUGGUGCAGAUAUUCACGCUCAGCACUGUAGUUUCCCUUGUUAAUAAUAUGUCUCCUCCCAAGACAGCUUCUUAA